AAAGCGUUCUGGGUGCGUGCAGCUAUAACAUGGCAGUGUGUUAUUUGCCCUUGGGGCGACUUUACUACACAUGUUCGUCAACGAUGCCUUGAGCCGCAGCAACCGCAGCAGCUUGCUCCAGAUCGUUUAACAACGCUGGACAACUCAUUGGAUGUGUACUUUGUGCCAGCCUUCAAUGGCCUCUAUGCCCCGUACUGGAAUCAGGAUGCUCGUGGAGUAAUCUGUGGCCUAAGCGAGGAGACAACCAGUGAACAUAUUGUGCGUGCCACCCUCGAGGCGGUUUGCUUCCAGGUACGCGACAUUCUCGAUGCCAUGCACAAGGAUUGUAAGAUUCCGCUGGCAAAGUUGAUGGUGGAUGGCGGUAUGACUGUGAACAAUCUGUUUCUGCAACUGCAGUCCGACUUGGUUGGUAUCCAUGUGCUACGCGCCAAGAUUUCCGAGACCACUGCGCUGGGCGCUGCAAUGGCUGCUUAUAAGGUUGUGGAACCGAAUUACAACAUGGAGGGUCCGCUUUCCAAGUCUGAUAAGCGUGUGCCCAUCAAACCGAAAGUGAAGUCGUCGGAACGCAAUCUGCGCUAUGAGAAAUGGAAAAUGGCCAUUGAACGAUCUCUUAACUGGGAAACAUCGACGCUAUCGCAAGGCGAGCGCGAGUCCUUUGAUGGUGCUUAAGCAACAACAGAUUGC